UGAGAUUUUCAAUUGAAACGAAAAUACUCUGCUGAAUUCGUGUAGAGGAAUCAGAAUGCGGAUAGAAGAGAACGACGGAGUGUCUGCUUCCCGGAAUCAUCUCGUCUUUGCUUACUAUGUCACCGGUCAUGGCUUCGGUCACGCCACUCGCGUCGUCGAGGUCGUUCGCAACCUGAUUUUGGCCGGACAUGACGUCCACGUCGUCACCGGUGCACCGGACUUUGUUUUCACUUCUGAAAUCCAAUCCCCUCGGCUCUUCCUUCGCAAGCUAGUUUUGGACUGUGGAGCUGU